AAAAGAAUCGGUUCAAAAUAACGAUUCGUUUGUGCCUGAAUGAAAAGCGUUCAUGCCGCACCUUGCCAUUUCAGGAAAUUUAACUUACAUGUUUAUUAAUACGCAACAAGACGGAGAAUCACUGGUUGCAGAUUUGACGUGUGGCAGCUCCACAUAUGAGGGUCUUCAAUGAAGUUUAGAGGGAACACUGUAUUUCCAAGCAGCUAUGCCACAUGUGUCUAUCGGCACCAGGUGUCUGGCCCGGUCCAGUGGAACCUCCACAGAACAUACUGCACCCAGCAGCAGAGCCAGAAAGAUGAGCAGAGUAAAAUUACCACUGUUAAAGACCGUACAGCAUCUGCGUUAACAUUUGCAGGAGAACUGGGGAGACAGUGGGGACGGAACUCUGUCAGAACCGCAACAGCGACCGUCAACUACUGGUGGGGGAAGUACGAGGAUUUUGUUGGGCUUAAUGAAGUCCGAGAUGCUCAGUCCCAGGUCACUGAGGCGGAGAAGGCCUUCAUGAUCGCCAGAGGAAUUGUAAGAGAAGCUCACGGCAGUCUAGAAGUGCUGCAGGUUCGCCUGAAGGAAGUGAGGGACCGUCUUGACCGUGUGUCACGAGAGGAGGCACAUUACCUGGAGUUAGCAACACUGGAACACAAGUUACUACAGGAAGAACGGCGUCUCAGAACGGCAUAUGAGAAUGCAGAAGAAGGUGAGCGAGAGAAAUUUGCCCACUUUUCCGCUGCUGUGCGUGAAAGCCACGAAAAAGAGAGAACCAGGGCGGAGCGUACAAAGAACUGGUCAAUCAUUGGCUCGGUGCUGGGCACCGUUAUCGGGGUGAUGGGCUCCACGUACGUCAACAGGGUGCGCUUGCAGGAACUCAAGAGCUUGUUGCUGGAGGCCCAGAAGGGACCAGUGAGUCUACAAGAAGCUAUCAAGAUCCAAGCCAGCAUGCACAAAAUCCAACAAGAUGAACUCAGCCACCUCAUAGAAUCACUCAGGGCGGCUGUUAAAGGCGGUGUAGAAGACGUCAAAGCGGUCAAGCCAGCAUUUGCCCUGCCACGGACGCCAGCUCCUGCCGUAGUCCCACCUUCUACACCCAGUGCCUCAGAAGAAGCUAUCAAAGAGAUUCUACAACACAGCCAAAGAGCUCAAGGGCUCAUCGAAGACCUGAAACCACAGCUGGAACACCUGGAGGAGAAUGUUGGGAAAGUCGAGACUGAGCUGCAAGCUGUGAAGAUGUCCCUGCAGUCACGUCCCAUGGAGAAACCGGUCAUUCAAACCCGAGACAUGAAGCUCUUAGUGUGUGAUACUGAGAUAGUCAUCCAAGGCCUUGGUGAAACCGAGAAUAGACUUCAGGCGCAGAUUAACAAGACAAGUCUUUACAAUACAGUCCUGACAUGUGCUGCAUUCGCAGUGACCGUGCCAGUUUUGUACGUCAUGUUGAGAGGUACUUGAUAAGUAAUAAUAAAGAGUGCACUUUUAGGGGCCAUUUAAUAGUUUAGAGAAUCUGAAAUGUACACUACUAUAUCUACAUUGUACAAAUGUUUUCCAAGAUGUGAAAUUAAAUUCAAACUCUAUACAAAGUAUAA